ACUCACUUUCUUCAAAUAAUCACAAGCAGAAAAGCAGCGGUUGAUGGAGAGAUUGACAAAUAAACUUAACCACCAAGCAACCACCAGUGUUCAACAGCAACUGUCAAUGAUGCAGCCGCCGUCGCUGCAGCCAUGGAGGCGGCUCACCGAAGAUGAAGAAACUUCAAUCAUGGUCGCUGCACUCAAGAAUGUUAUAACUGGAGAUACUGCGACUGUUUAUAACCAACAGCAGGACUACGAUCACCGGCAGUUCUCUCCGUUCAGCUAUGCUCCGGCGACACCUGUCACCGUUAGUGAGCCAGUGGAUCCUGUUCCUCAAACGUGUCCGGUUUGUGGGAUUAGCGGAUGCCUGGGAUGUAAUUUAUUUACAGCUGAUAUGAAACAGAACGACGGAGGUAGUGGUGGUGCUGGUGGUCCGAUUAAGAAGAUGAAGAAGAAUUACAGAGGAGUGAGACAGAGGCCGUGGGGAAAAUGGGCAUCGGAGAUUCGGGACCCGCGUAAAGCAGCUCGGGUAUGGUUAGGUACUUUUGAGACUGCUGAAGCAGCUGCUCGGGCUUACGACAGAGCAGCGAUAGAAUUCAGGGGAGCCAGAGCGAAGCUCAAUUUUCCGGUGACUGAUUACACGACAAAACCGUUGUCGCAACUGGAAAACCAGCAGACAGCUGCAUCGUCAUCAAGAAGAAAACAAGAAACCGAGAAGAAACACGUCGUAGAAAAGAAAACAAAUGUUUUGGAGAAAGAGAGUGAAGAUUGGAUGAUGACGAUGAUGAUACAAGACGUCGAUGUCGAUGGCGGUUUCCCCGACUUAACCAAUCUUGAAUCAAUCUAAUCACGCGGUGAUAAUAUUGCCACGUUCUCAAAAAAUAAUGAUCUGAUAUAACGAUGUUGUAUAAACUAUAACUAUAAUAUAAACAUUCUUUUCACAAUAGUAUAGUGUAAAGUGUAAACAUUACAAUUUAUUUAUUAAUAUUUUAUAUUUAAAUGGA